GUGAAAAUGCUGACAGUGGAGAAGAAGGUCAACGAGAUCCUCAACAGGCUGGAGAAGACCAAAGUGGAACGUUUCCCAGACCUGGCUGCUGAGAAGGAAGCACGAGACAGAGAGGAGAGGAAUGAGAAGAAAGCCCAGAUCCAAGAGAUGAAGAGGAAGGAGAAGGAGGAGAUGAAGAAGAAGAAAGAGCUGGAAGAACUGAGGAGCUACUCCUCCUUGAUGAAGGCUGAGAACAUGUCCUCUAAUCAGGACGGCAACGACUCGGAUGACUUCAUGUGA